AUGGCUCUAGAAGAGAGUUUUGAUGCAGGUGUUGAGAAAAAGAAAAUAAAGAAGAAGAAAGUUAAGAUCGACUCUUUGGCAGAGGCCAAUGGUUGUGUCAUAAACGGGGAGGACAACAAAGUGACUAAAAAGAAGAAGAAGAGGAAGCAGGAGCUGUUGGAUGAGAAUGGAAAUCAAGAAGAGGAGGAGGAGGGGUCAAUAAACGAAGAAAAGCUGGAAAAGAAACAAAAGCAGAAGAAAACUAAGAAUAAGUUUGUUCAGAGUAAAUCAGAGAAUACAAAGGGAGAAGAAGAGGAGGAACAGCAAACAACGAAGAAAGCAAAACACAUUUCAGUCGUCAGCUCGGAGAAGACAGAUGAGCACGUUAAAGAAAAGAAAAAAAAGAAAAGUUCUCCUAUUAUAGACCAAGAAAUUACAACUAAACCAAGAAAGAAAACCAGCGAAACCGGAAAAAGUGUCCAGUUAGAAAUAACGGAGGGGGAGGAGGAGGAACUAAAACCAAAGAAAAAGUCAAAGAAGAAGCAAACCGAAGUGGAAGAAGAUGGAGACGGGUCGACUGCAGCUAAGCUCAAAGGCAAGAAGAAAGCAGAGGGGGGAAACAAAGCCCUGGGCCUGAAGCAGGCUGAGGAAGAUGUUAAAACAAAGAAAAAGAAAAUAAAGGCUCAACCCAUCACAGCGGAUGGAUUAACUGAAACAAAUAUGAAGCUUACUGGGCAAAAUGUAAAGCCCCUGGAAACAAAAGAGACCAAGGUGGGGGGUGUAAAAUCGAAAAAGAAAGUAUCCCAAUGUGAAGAAGAUGAGAUCAAUUUGGAAGCAAUUGACAUGAAAAAGAAGAAGAGAAUGAAAACGGAGGAUGGCGAAAAUCUGACUGGCUCAGAUGAAGGGAAGACGGAGGGGAAGAAAAAGAGGAAAAGAGAAAAAAGUGGAGCAGCCUCUGUGGAGGAAGCUGAGCCGGAGGAGACGGAACCCAAGAAGAAGAAAAAGAAAAAGGCUAAAGGGGCGGAGGAGGUGUUGGUUAAAACUGAGGAGGGGGGCGUGGAGAACACAGAAAAUGAUGCGGUGUGGAGAAAGGAAAAGAACUCUCCGGAGGUGGAGGAGAGCAUCAGCGCCGAGCCAUGUGCAAAAAAGAAGAAGAAGAAGAAAACGGAGGUGGAGCCGGGAGACCAGUCGGAGGGAAGACGGUCUUUACAAAUGGAGGUGGACUCUCAGCCUGAGAAAUCGGCCGAAGCCACGGGUUUGGGCCAGUGGAGCACGGCUGAGUUCGACAGCUCCGACCAGAAGCAGAAGUUCCUGCGUUUGAUGGGCGGCUUCAAAAAGGCUCCGCCCCCUUCGGCGGCGGCCCCCGGGGGGCGCCACAUGGCCAUGGGGCGCGGCGCCCAGCAGCAGCUGGAGCAAGGCCUUCUGGGAGAGUUCCAGCGGGCCCACUCCCGCAGGAUGGACUUCAGCAGCAGGGGGGCGGGGCUCGGGUUUUCCCCCCCGUCCAAUAAGAAGUUCUCCAUCGAUGCAAACGCGUCCAGAUCGGUCCGCUUUGAUGACUGAUAUUUGGUGUUUUAGCUUUUUAACUCUAUUUUUCUCUGUACAAAGCGACUACUUGUAUAUAUGCCGUCCUUUUAAUCCUUAAUCUGAGAACCUGAUCUGAAGGAAUGAUGAGUAAAAAGCUGUUUUACUACAGUCUGACCCCAUGGUUGUUGUUUUUUUUGUUAAACCA